AUGACCAAUUACGAUGUCGACGUAACGCCGUUGGAUCCGAACAGCUACAAUUAUGACCUGGGGUCCUUCAGCCGGCCACUGAGUAGCAAGAGCAAUGAAGCACGGAUCUGGUUCAACCGCGGUCUGAAUUGGAUCUACGCUUUUAACCAUGAAGAAGCCUGCAUCUGUUUCGAACAGGCCAUCGCCCACGACCCCACCUCUGCCAUGGGUUAUUGGGGGAUUGCCUACGCGUCCGGUCCUAAUUAUAAUAAAGAGUGGGGCGCGUUCGACGAGAAGGAUCUGAAAGCCUCGUGGCGCAAAUGCCACGCGGCGUCUCAACGUGCCAAAGAGCGUCUCUCCACCGCAAGCGCCGUCGAGAAAGCACUCGUCGAUGCCAUCCAGUAUCGCUUUCCAGUGGGCCACGUGCCAGACGACCUUGCCGCUGCGAACGUGGCCUUCGCCGAUGCAAUGAAGGAGGUUCAUUCACGAUUCGGAGAUGACCUCGACGUCGUCGCAUUGUACGCCGACGCGCUGAUGGCCACCGCCCCCAAGAAACUGUUCGAAGCCGCCACCGGAAAGCCCAUCUUGUCGUCCCCGGUAUUCGAGGUCAAAGACACGCUCGAGCGCGGCCUGCAACUGCCCGGCGGCAUGGCCCACCCCGGCCUACUCCACCUGUACAUCCACCUGAUGGAGCGGUCCGCCACCCCCGAAGCCGCCCUCGUCGCCGCCGACGCUUUGCGCGACCUCAUCCCGGACGGCGGCCAUCUCCGCCACAUGCCCUCGCACAUCGACGUGCUGGUCGGCGACUACCGCCGCGCCAUCGCCAGCAACACGGCGGCGACGGUCGCUGACGACAAGUUCCUGGCCCACCGCGGCGGACAGAACUUCUACAGCUUCUACCGCCUGCACAACUACCACUCGCUCAUCUACGCCGCGAUGCUGGCCGGCCAGUCGCGCGUCGCGCUGGCCGCCACGAGCCGGAUGGAAGCCACCAUCACCGAGGAGCUGCUGCGCAUCGAGUCGCCGCCCAUGGCGAACUGGAUGGAGUUCUUCUGCGCGGUUCGGGUCCACGUCCUCAUCCGCUUCGGCAUGUGGGACGAGCUCAAGCGCCUGCCGCUGCCGCAGGACCAGGAGCUCUACUGCGUGACGACUGCCAUGACGUACUACGGCAAAGCCAUCGCGCACGCCGCCACCGGCGCCGUCGCCGCGGCCGACGAGCAGCGCGCGCUGUACCGCGCCGCGGCGCUGCGCGUGCCCCCCACGCGCCUCGACUUCCCGAACCGCAUCGUCGACAUCCUGCAGGUCGCGACGGCGAUGCUGGACGGCGAAAUCGCGUACCGCUGCGGCGAGUACGACGAGGCGUUCGGGCGGCUGCGCGACGCCAUCGCGGCCGAGGACGCGCUGUUGUAUACGGAGCCGUGGGGGUGGAUGGUGCCGGCGCGGCACGCGUACGGGGCGCUGGCGCUGGAGCAGGGGCGCGUCGAGGAGGCGGCGCGGGCGUAUGCGGAGGAUCUUGGUGUCGAUGAGGCGCUGACGCGCGCGCAUCAGCAUCCGAAUAAUGUGUGGGCGCUGCAUGGGUACCAUGAGUGUUUGGUGCGGAUGGGCCGCAAGGCUGAGGCGAGGAUGGUCGAGCAGCAGUUGAAGGUGGUGGCGGCGACGGCGGAUGUGGAGGUGCGGUCGUCGUGCUUUUGUAGGGUUGGUGAGAGGGGGGUGGAGGGGUGCUGUUCCUGA